AUGUAUUUAAUUAAUAAGAAGGCGAAAAAAAUAAUAAGGUGCUUUAUAUUAUGGCCACUUUCGUAAAAAAAAAUGGCAUGAAACCGAUAAGUAAUGGAACGAUAAGUCGUAUUGACAACGUGGAAAACUUUAACGAUAAUCAUAUUUCAUUGACAGGAAAAGAAUCAGAUAUACUUGAUGUACAUGUUCAAUCUUGUUUAGAAGAUACCGAGGAAAAACCAGAAUUAGAUAUAAUAAUUAGUAAUGUAGUGUGUAGUUUUAGUGUGAGAUGUCAUCUGAAUUUACGUGAAAUCGCACUAAAUGGUUCAAAUGUCGAGUAUAGAAGAGAAAAUGGGUUAGUUAGAAUGAGACUGAGGAAACCAUGUACUUUAGCUUCAAUUUCAUCAUCUGGCAAAGUUACUUGUACUGGGGCUACUAGUGAAGAUGAAGCUAGAAAAGCUGCUCGACGGUGUGCAAGAUCCCUUCAGAAACUAGGCUUUAGAGUGAGAUUUAAUAAUUACAGAAUAGUUAAUGUGCUCGGUACUUGUACAAUGCCAUGGGCUGUAAAAAUUACAUCGUUUUCAAUUCAUCAUAAAGAUAUAGUACAAUAUGAACCAGAAAUUCAACCUGGAGUAAUAUAUAAAUUAACUGAUUUAAAAGCCACCCUAAGGAUAUUUUCUACAGGAAGUGUUACCGUGACAGCACCAAGUAUAAGUGCCGUUCAAGCAGCAAUUGAACAUAUAUAUCCUUUAGUGUAUGAAUUCCGAAAAGAGAGGUCAGUUGAGGAACAAUUUGCAUUAGAAAAUAAAAAACGUCGAUUUAUAUUCACAAUACAAGAAACUAUAAUCGGAGAAAAUGAAGGACACAAUGAAAAUAUUUUAGUUGAAGAUGAUGAAAGUGACAAUAGUGAUACAAGUUGGACCUAAAUUAUUCUUUGAUUAAAUAUAUCUAUUCUUUAGCUUCUAGACAUUUAUGUCACACUAAUUUUAUUUUUUUAAAAACUUAUGAAAUAUAUAGUGUGCGGUCUAGAUUAUAUAUUAUUACUAUUUGAAUAAUGGACUUAUUUGUGAUAUUGUGACUAUUAUAUCAACUAAAGUGAAUUUUCUUUAAACAUGUUCAGAAUCAGAUUAUAUUCUGUAUUAAUUACUAUUUAUAAAGACUUUAUAUCUGCACUAAUAUAAGUGUAUUAAUACACGAACUCUAUAGUGUUAUUAAG